UGACGUGUGGAAAGCCACUCGUAGCGCUCUUCCCAAAAGAAGUCUGUCGUGAGCAGAGGACCAGUGCGAUGCUACUGCUUGCUGUCGCGCUGUCUACGCUCGUCUUAGUCGGUGUAAAAUCAGACGGACCGAGAAUAACAUCACCGAAAGAUGAAACAGUUGUGCAAAAAGGAGAAACAAUUACCGUUGUGUGCGAAGGAGAAGGUGACUUGAAAUGGGAAUAUCCUGAAUACAGCGGAUCAAAGGUGAAUGUAACCAAUGAACACCACAAGACAAUUCUGAAGAGAUAUCAAGCUAAUUAUCUAGAUGUUGGGUAUUACAUAUGCUACACAGAAAAUAACUACAAUAAAAUAAAAAAUCAAGUAUAUAUUUAUGUGAAAGAUGAACAGCAACCAAUUGCUAUGGCAACUAAAAGAAUAUUUGUGACCGUUGAACCAUCAGGAACUGUCAUAGUACCCUGCAGACCUACAUCUCCAGAUGUCAAAUUGCACCUUAUUAAAUUAGAAGAGGCUGCGGAGGUUCUCCCUGAAGAUGACGAACGAAUCACUGUAAAUAAGGAAGGCUUUGUUAUUCAGAGUGUAUCUUUAACUGACAACGGAAAUUAUGCAUGCUGUCUAUAUGGGGCAGAUGGUCAAUGUGAUGAAACACAUAGUUAUGUCAUUAGUAUAAAUGUGAAAAAGACACUUGGUUCCUUACCUUUGCCUGAAGUGUUUGGUCCAAAACAUGCAGUUGUUGGCAGUACUGUAGCAAUGUUUUGCAAUGUUACAACAUUGGCAUCAGCUCAGCUUCUACAACUGAAAUGGAUAGUAUUGAAUGAGACUUACAUUAAGACUGGCCAUGUAAAAACAAAGUCAUUAGAAAGAACACGAAAUUAUGGGGGUGUAUCAGAAAAUGUUUACGAAGAGGUAAUAAUUAUCUCAAAUAUCACAACUGAUGAUGCAGGAGCCUAUACAUGUGAGGUCAGAAAUGAUAAAAAUGCACAGAACAAAUCUAUAGUGCUCCAUGUGCGUGGUGAUUCUUUUGUUGAUGUCUCAUUUUCUGCCACAAAGGACAUAACUGUAGAUGAUGGAGAGAAUGUUACAUGGGUGGCAUAUGUUGAUGCAUUUCCAAACAAAUUUUCUGUUGUGUGGAAGAGUCCACAGGAUAAAGAAAUUGAUCCUGUUUUGCGAUAUUCUCUAAUUACAAACAGCAAAGAAAUCAAGUUUUCUAUUCAAAAUGUAACAACCAAGGAUCAGGGUAGAUACACAGUGGUUGUUCAAAAUUCAGGAAGUGAAUUCAUUUCAUAUCCAACACUGACAGUACGUGGUAAGCCAACAACGUGGAUUGUCAACAAUCAGAAGAAAAUAUUCUUAGCUGAAAAAGAAACAUAUAUAGUGAAGUGUGAGGUGGCUAGUGGUUCCAGCCUUGUUAUUGUUUCCUGGAAUUUUACUUCAUGCACUAGUGAAUCUGCUUGCACAACCAAAUAUUUAGAAACAGAGCAAAGGAAUAAUGUAGAUGGUGUGAGGAAUGGAUCUUUUCUGACUUCCACGUACAAAUUUUCAUGUGAAAUACCAGGAAAUCUGUCUUGUAUUGCUUCAGAUGACUAUGGAAUAGGCAGCAACACCAUUGAAAUUAUUUGUGAAGGUGUUAUAAAUGCUGAAGCUCUUACAGCUGGUGUGGUGUGUGCUGCACUUGUACUUAUUAGCAUUGUAGCUGUCCUAGCAUUUAAACUGAUAAAAGAGAAGAAACUACGAAAAAAAUUAAGUGAAAUUGGCCUUGAAAAUUUUGUGGAAGGAGCACCAGAAAGUAUGAAUCCAAAUCUUCCUUUGGAUGAACAGGCAGAGUUACUGCCAUACAAUAAAAUUUGGGAGUUCCCCCGUGAAAAAUUAAAAUUUGGGAAGCAACUAGGUUCUGGAGCUUUUGGUGUUGUAGUAAAAGCUGACGCAUAUGGUAUUCUCGAACCUGAUAAAAUCACAACAGUAGCAGUGAAGAUGGUAAAACAGAAUGUUGAUAUCACAUACAUAAAAGCUCUUGCUUCAGAGCUGAAAAUUAUGUGCCAUCUUGGGAAACAUCUGAAUAUUGUGAAUUUAUUGGGUGCUUGUACUGAUAAUCUUUCCAAAAGAGAGCUUCUGGUAAUUGUAGAAUAUUGCAGGUUUGGUAAUUUGCACAGUUACCUGAUUCGCAAUCGAAAGAACUUUAUAGAUCAAAUAGACCCAGGAACAGAUAGCAUAGACCCAAGUAUCUGCAUAGAAAUAUUAUCACGGCCGGAAAACAGUCAAGGAUCAAGUAGGUCAAAAUCCAGGUCUUCCAUAUCUUCAGAUACCCAUCAAUCUAACAGCAACAGUGCUGUGAGGUAUAUUCCAUCAUCCACAAGUGAUACAAGUGAACAUGGUCAAGUCAGUUUCAACCCAAGUGUGAGUGGUGGCAGCAGACCACAAGAAUGGUGCUAUUAUUAUAAGUGUGAUGAUGCUGGUAAAGUGAAUCCAGUAUGUACGCAUGACCUUGUAUGCUGGUCAUACCAAAUAGCUAAUGGAAUGGAUUACUUAGCUCAGAGAAAGGUGUUACAUGGAGACCUGGCAGCUCGAAACAUUCUACUGGCCGAUGGGAAUGUUGUGAAGAUCUGUGAUUUUGGUUUGGCAAAGAAUAUGUAUCGUUCCAACAUAUACAAAAAGAAGAGUAGUGGACCACUGCCAUUUAAAUGGAUGGCUAUAGAAGCCAUAAAGGACCGCAUAUUUUCAACACAAUCAGAUGUGUGGUCCUAUGGUGUGACUCUGUGGGAGCUCUUUUCUUUGGCAACGACACCAUACCCAGGCAUGGAGCCAGAUGAGAGAUUACUUCAGAGGUUGAUUAAUGGCUACCGAAUGGAAAAACCACAGUAUGCUACCAACAAAAUAUAUGAGAUUAUGCUGAGCUGUUGGCACACUGACCCUAAUAAAAGAGUGACUUUCUCGCAGUUGGUUGAAGAAUUUGGAAAUAUCCUGGGAGAGAGAACCUUAACUCAUUAUCAUAACUUAAAUGAUGAAUAUAUCAGCAUGAGUCCAAAACCAGGAUCUAAUGGAGAUGACUAUCUUGCCAUGGCUGCUGCACCUGAUUAUAAUAAAUUACUAUCACCAGUGGAAGGUGAAAAUCAUUCAUAUAUAAAUAGUAACCCAUUGUCAAGUGAAAAUCCUGAAAUUGAACAUAUAAGAGACUACACUGAUAUGAAUUGUGCAUCACCCUCUGGUUAUGAUGUCAGCAGUAUUGAUACAGGCUUCCACAGUGAUGGUUCACAGAAUACAACAUAUGAAGCCAGAGAUGAUAACAGCAACAAAACUGCGAAGCUGGCAAAUGUUAAAUUAUACUCUCACACAAAAGAUGCUCAGAAAGAUACUGAAAAGCAAAAUAUUUUGUCAGAAAAUAAUGGAAUCUCAAACCCUGCAUAUUUUCACACCUCAUUGUAAUUCUCAUUACUCUGUUGAGUCAAAACGUUAUGACCAGCUGCUUAACUGCAUCUUGGUUCACCAUUUUAAUGAAAAACUCAGUGAUUAUGCCUGGCAUUGAUUGUCAGAGACACAGGAAACUAAAUCUCUAUAGACUGGUCAUGAAAUUCCUGUCCUAGAUGUGUUUCACUGGGUUCAGAUCAAGUGAAUUUUUUGGUUAAGGCAUCAAUAUGAAUUCAUUAUCAUGCUCCUCAAACAAUGGUGGCAUGAUUCUGGCCUUGAGACACUGACAGUUAUCCCACUGGUGGCAUUGGAACUGGGGAAGACGUCAAGCUUGAAGGGAUGCAGGUGGCCCGCAAUAACGUUCACAUGGUCCACACUGUCAUGGUGUAUCUGAAUAGUAGCAAAUACCCUGUGGAAGUCAAAAUAAACAUUCCUCACAGCAUAAUAUCGCCUAAACCAGCCUGCGUACCUGGCACGGUACACGUAUUGAGCAGCCAUUCACCUGGAUGACAGAAUCUCUGAACAUGGCCAUCAACCUAGAAAAAAAUAAUAAACAUGCUUCAUCCAACCAGGCAAUCUGUUUCCAUUGAUGCACAGUCCAAGCUUAGAUAUCUUGCAAUGCUGCAAUCAUAAUUGAUAGCUCUGGGCACACAUAAGGAUAGUCUGCUGUUGAGCCCUAUGUUCAACAAUGUGUGCCUGCCCCAACACUGUACUCUGUCAUCACGUCAUCCACAGAUCACAGCUUAGCCUGUGUUACAGAGUGGGUUAGCCUCCGACCUCCAUGUUGUGUGAAGAGGCAUAGACACCCAACACCUUGCCUACUUGUGGUUUCACCAUCCUUCAGCCACUUUCCUUAUGUGCUCAAGACAGCAGCAUGCAAACAGCCAACCAGCUUAGCCAUUGCUGAGAUGCUCAUUCCCAGGGGCCAAACCAUAACUAUCAGCCUUUGUCAAAAUCAUUUAUGUUAGUGGAUUUUCUCAUUUGCAUCACAUAUCAUUGUUAGAAUUAUUUUUAAGAAAAAUUUCUUAUUAUAGUGUCAGCUGCAAAUAUUCACAGUUGGUUGUUAAUUUCGAUCACAAGCAAU